UUGGAUGCAUUUAUUAUUUUAUUUUGAAAAUCAGACAAAAAAAGUUAUAUUUUCAACUUAAAGUGGAUCCUAAAACACAAUAAAUCAAGGUAAAAGUGUAGUUCUGUAUUCAACUGUUUACCCGCAAUGUUGUCAAAGUGCUCAAACCAAAAUACAAUAUCUGAUUGAUUGAUUGAUUGAUUGAUAUUGAUAGCCUCAGUUUAACUUGUUUCGUUAAAUUUAAUUUAAUGUAAUUUAAUAGGUGUGGAAUUGUUUCCUCUCUUCUUCGAGGGAGCACGUGUGACGGGAUGCAGCCUCCCUGCAGGGGGAGAGGUGCUGCGAGGCUGUAAGACCGGUUCUGUUACAUAGCCCUCCUCCUCAAAUCAUGUGACCAUGUGAUCACAGUCACUGCAGACAGACCAAGAAAACUUGUGACCGAAACAGCAUGAGUAGCAGCUCGGCACCCUGGGACACAUACAACUGUACCGCAGCACAGAGUCCACAGUCCUCCUUCAAUCUCUUCAUCUCCGUCAGACAACAUGGACUGCGGGAUUUUUACCUCCAAGACCGUCCUGCUCUUCCUCAGCUUGAUAUUUUGGGCUGCGGGAGCAGCGUUGGCCUACGUCGGUGCCUAUGUGAUCAAGAGCUAUGACAACUUUGACAGUUUCAUUCAGGACAAGUACACAUUGGUCCCAGCGGCCAUCAUCAUCGCAGUCAGCGUGGUGAUGUUCAUUUUUGGCCUGGUCGGAUGCUGUGCCACAAUCCGGGAGUCCACAGUUGGCCUUAGUUUUUUCUUUCUGAUCAUCAUGGCGAUCUUUGCGGCUGAAGUGGCUGCUUUGGUAUUUAGCUUCAUCUACAGAGGCAAGAUAAACGCAGACCUGGAGCGCUCGAUGAAUGAAGUCUUCAUGAAGUAUGAUGGACAGGGCGCUGAGACCAAAUCUGUGGACUACCUGCAGACUCAUCUGCAGUGCUGUGGUGCCAUGAAUUACACCAGCUGGUCUAACACCACCUGGUUCAACAGCCACAACAACACAGUGCCUCUGUCCUGCUGUAAAAACGACACCUCACAGUGCACUGGCAGAAUGGACCAACCAGACCUGCUUAACACACAGGGUUGUGAGGCCAAACUGGAUCGCCUCCUACAGGAUGUGUUGGGUUACGCCAUGAUGGUAGUUCUGGGCUUUGCCAUCAUCAAGUUCUUUGGGAUGCUGAGCGUAUGUGUGAUCACCUGUAAAACUGGCAGCCAGAGGAGCGGCUACCAGCCUCUAUACGCCUGAACCACCUCCUGCAAACCCCUACCACCUCUUAAUUUAGCUCGACUAUGUUUGCUGACCACUCACUCAGCAGUGUACAGACACGCACAGGCAAAUAAUUGUAUUUAAAUAAUGCCAUAUAAAGUAUACACAAGUGGCACACUUUGUUUCUAUAUAAAGGGGAUCUUGCCAGAGCUUUUCUUCACAAAUGUUCCUCAGACUUGUUAAUGCUGAAUGUGGCUUUCAAUUUUGAGUUAUUGUCUAAAUUUCCCUCCCAGCCCAAUGUCUCUCAGGUGUCUCAGCUCAACUACUGUUUUAUUCUUUGAAAUGAUGCUGAUGAAGGACACCAAACUAUAUUUGAACCUUUUUGUGAUUGUGAAAGGAUAACGGUUUAAUAAUUUAUUUAGGGUUGCAAUAUUUAUAGCCAAUUGAAUACAUUAUAUAUAUUAUAAGUAGAUAAAUAUACAUAAGUUUUAUGGUCAGUUCAGGUAACUGUAUUGAAUUACGUGACAGUUCUACGUAGCUUGACUUUGGUUGUGUUUAUUAUAUUUCUAAAUUAAAAAGGUGAACGUUUCACAGUCAUUUUAAA